AUGUCUGAUACAAAACCGAACCCCAAGGACUCCAUGAAGUCCACCUGGCGGCAGAAGGACCGUCGGCAGUGGAACCUCGCACACUGGUUCUACGAGAUAACCGACGUGCAUCCCACAAACCUGGACGAAGACAUCCCCGUCCAUCAAAAGACCGAAAAGGUUCCCCAUCUGUCAGACUGGUACAUGCACAGAUGGGUUAUCCUCCACGCCGCGAUCCCUCUCAUCCUGCACCAACUCUACGUGCACUACACAGGCCUCAACUUGACGCCCUUCCAAGCAUUCCUCUUCUACAGCGCCGCGUUCAAACUCACAGCCAUCCGCGAAAUCCACGUCCUCCGCAACACCGGCCACCAAACCGGCUACCUUGACGGCGACGCCCACGAACGAGAUGGCGUCCCCGACGUUGGCGUCUGGAAGGUCAUGAAGUCCCUAAUCUCGACAUCCACCAUCCGUCCCAUCUUUACUGUCUUCCUCGCCUACCGCGCCAACGAAGCACCCAUUGACCUCAACUGGUGGUGGCUGCCUCUCGAGGCCGGCCUCUACGGCAUCAUCCUCGACUUCUGGUUCUACUGGUACCACCGUCUGAUGCACGAGAUCGGCGGCCUGUGGCAGUACCACCGCACCCACCAUCUCACCAAGCAUCCUAACCCGUUGUUAACCCUCUACGCCGACACCGAGCAGGAAUUCUUCGAUAUUGCAGGCAUCCCACUCAUGACCUACUUCACCAUGAAGUUACUCGGCAUGCCUAUGGGUUUCUACGAGUGGUGGGUGUGCCAUGAGUACGUCGUCUUUGCGGAAUUGGCUGGCCAUAGUGGCCUGCGGAUCCAUGCCUCACCUCCUAAUACCCUGACUUUCUUCCUUCGCAUGUUUAAGGCGGAGCUUAUUAUUGAGGAUCAUGACUUACACCAUCGUAAAGGGUGGAAGUCUAGUGGUAAUUAUGGGAAGCAGACGCGUUUGUGGGACCGUGUGUUUGGGACUUGCAAGGAUCGGAUUGAGUGUGACUUGUCGAAUAUUGAUUUUGAUAAUCAAGUUGCUAUGCCGCUUCUGUAG